AUGGCUGAGAAAACUGAGUUAGUUUCUGAGUUAAAGAAAUGGUGCAGGGGUGAAGGAUUGAGUGAGGCUCAUGGACUGUUAGUUAUUGUCCCUGAAGACGUGGAAAUAGCACAUAUUGAAGAGACUCUUGGGACUAUUAAGUGCUUGGGCAGAGUACGUGUUAGGGGAAGGAUUUUCAAUAUGGAACUGAACAGCCCCAUGGUCUUGUGUGAAUGCAAAAACGUCCUAACUGCCGAAAGUGUCCCACCUGAGGUGCAUCUGCCUGAGGGUGGAGAGGCAUGGUCAUUAGUUAUCAUAGAUAGAGCCCCAGCUGCAGAUGAAAACUUUCAUACCAAAUUAAAGUUGCUAAUUCAGGCUGAGGGGAAUACUAUGGAGGACAUUAAAGCUCUACUGCCCGGUGCACAGAAGCCCACUAGCUCAGCUGACUCAGUGAUACAGGCAUUUGGUGACCUCUUAGAAAAGACCAAUAGACCCUCAUCUGAAGGUGAAUAUCACCGCCUACGCAUCUUCUCAGGAACACAGCCUGUUCCAGCAGAAGAGGAGCAGUUUGACCACUGGCUUGAGCAAGCAUGGCUUAUGGUGGAGGACAGUGAAUAUACGGUUAAGGAGAAAAAACACUGUGUAAUGGAGAGUUUAAAAGGCCCAGCACUAGAAAUAGCGAACGCUGUACGAACCAGUGAUCCUGAUGCUAACCCUACAAAGUACUUAGAAGCUCUUGAAAGUGCCUUUGGGACAGCAGGGGAUGAUCUGUAUUUUGCUUUUAGACUGAUGCAGCAGCAAACAGGGGAGAAAUUGUCAGAUUUCCUCAGAUGA